ACCCUUUGCGGUCGUUGUCAUGUCUGACAUGACACCAGGCGUAGUCGUUCACGUUUACACAAAACUUUGCUUUGAGAUCGUUUGUCAUGCCCUACAUGACAAGGCAAAAAGCCGAUUCUACUCGUUGUCAUGUCUCUCAUGACACAUUUUCAAAGUCGAUUUACUCGUUAUUCAUUUAUACCAUGACAAAACCGAUAACAAAUUUGAAUUCCGCGGGAAACUUUAUUUAGGAAUACACAUGCUUUUUUUAUGCAAGUCGUGACUUAUUUGGCAACCUUGCGAUUUUUUUGUUGAGUGCCGGUCGCGACAAAUACACGUGCAUUCUUAUUUAGUCUUAUUUGAGUAUUUGAGAGAGUUAGGUAUGCAGAUUUUGUUUGUGUUUUUUUAAUAUUUUGUAAGAUUCGGAUGUUUGUUUAUAGUUAUAAUUAUGGCGAAAAGAGCAUUAACGGACACGGAGUUAGAGGAACUAUUAUACGUAGACGAGGAGGAGUUUGACUUGGAUCAGUUUAGUUCAGAGAGUGACGAAUGGGAGGAUAUAGAUCAAAAUCUCAGUGAAAAUGAUUCUGACGAAGAGUCUGAGGAACGUGUUUAUAAUUUAAAUUUAUGGAGGCCAUGGACAGCAAAUGAACCAAGAUUUAAAAUAUUCCCUUUCUUAGAAGAUGUUGGAUACCAUCCACCACGAAAUAACCAGCCAGUGUCCGAACUAGAUUUUUUUCAGUUAUUUUUUACGGACGAACUUAUACAAGCAAUUGUGGAUGAAACAAAUAGAUAUGCUGCAGAAAAAAUUUUAAUAAACACGCCGCUCACAAAAAGGUCAGUUUGGAAGUCUUGGAAACCAGUCACAUUAGAAGAAUUUAUGGCAUUUUUGGGCGUUUUACUUAAUAUGGCCUUAAAUCCAAAGACCGAACUAUCUGACUAUUUUUCUAAUAACUGGAUCGACCAUCAACCCUUUUUCAAAGAUAUUUUUUCGAGGGACAGAUUCAUGCAAAUUUUUUGGAAUCUUCACGUUUCUCCACCCGAAGAAGAGCAGAUGGGAGUGAAGAGUCGUAGCGCCAAAGUGAAAAAUGUGUUAUGGUAUCUGGAAACACAAUUCAAGAAGUUUUAUACUCCAGAUAAGAAUAUUUCUGUAGACGAAAGUACUAUUGGUUUUAAAGGCAAAGUAUCCUUUAAAGUUUAUAAUAAAGCCAAACCUACAAAAUGGGGAAUAAAAGUAUAUGUGCUUGCAGAUUCAAAAAAUGGUUACAUAUUUACGAUGGAGCCAUAUUUGGGAACUCAAACAACCCAGGGAUUGAUACGCCCAGAUUUACCAGCAACCGCCCGCAUAGUAGUUCAUUUGGUGCAAAAACUUCUUAAUUCUGGAACUGGUUCGGGAGGUUACCAUAUAUUUAUAGAUAGAUAUUAUUCAAGCCCUUUGUUAGCACGCGAGUUACAUAAAAUAAACAUACAUGUAACGGGUACUGUAAUGGCUAAUCGACAAGGAAUUCCGACAGAAUUAACUACCGCAUAUACAAGAAAAUUUAAAAAAGGCGAGAUAUCUUCCAGGCAUGACAAUUCUAUAUCAGUACUGGCAUGGAAAGAUAAAAGAGUUGUUCUUAUGUUAUCUAGUGUAUAUGACAACUCAGUACAAAAUAUAACCAGGCGAACGAAGACCGCUGAAGGGCGUUGGAUUGAAGAAGUCAUAGAAAAACCUACAGUUAUAUAUGAGUAUAACAAAUUUAUGGGAGGGGUUGACGUUGCUGAUCAUUAUGCAGCAAGCUAUCAAUUUUUGCGAAAAACAAGUAAAUGGUGGCGAAAAGUAUUUUUCUGGUUAUUAGAUGUUUGGAAACUACAGAAAUACAUCCAGACGUCGAUCAGCUUAUGGUGCCGAGGAUAUUUCUCGCCUAAAUAA